AUGAGUCUUUCGAACGCUGUCGCGGGCAAGACCCCUUCUACGCCCACGAAUUAUCCCUCCCAGCCACAAGCUGGUCAGACAACUUCAAGCUUCGAAUCGACUCGCCGUCCAAGCCAACCGGGCCCUUCUUCUGCACAGCCUAUGCCCAGAAAGGGGCAGGCCUCUCGGAAGCAACACAAGAAUCAACGCAGACCAAGUGCAGACCAAAGACUUCACGGCAAUCCUGAUGAGUAUGACGCCAUGGCCGAGAUCCGAGCUGUCCGGAACCCAUCGAGCAGGAGAGGCCAGACAUCAAUUACCCAUCUCCUAAACUACACGACUCCCCGACACUUCCAAGACCACAGCUACCAUCCGAGGUCAUAUCGCAGGAAUCCCAGCUGGGGCCCUGGAUCCGGUCGCCACGCUGCUGAUAAAUCCAGAUAUGUGCAUUCCAAUUACCGCUUUGUGGUCUCUCCGGAAGGGACCUACACAAAGCACGAGGUCGAUGCCGACGUCUUUUUGGACUGGGCGGAUGUUUUGCAGAUUAUUGCCUCCUCGGAAUCACAAACAGCUUCUUGCCCAAUUUGCCUCUCGGAGCCCGUCGCUCCGCGUAUGGCCAAGUGUGGGCACAUCUUUUGCCUCCCUUGCUUGAUUCGAUUUAUGCACUCAAACAGCGAUGAUGCUAAAUCGGGUAAAGGGGCUCGUUGGAAGAAGUGCCCCAUCUGUGAGGACAUAGUCUAUCUCCACGAAGUUAAAGCUGUUCGGUUCUAUGCCGGACAGGAAAGUCCAUUGCCUCGGGUCGGAGAUGAUGUCGUCCUACGACUCAUGGCAAGAAAAGCAAGCUCUACCUUGGCUCUGCCACGAGAGGGUGGUGCUGAGGUUCUCAACUCGGGAGAUGAUGUGCCGUGGCACUUUGCGGCAAAUGUCUUGGACUAUUCAAGAAUCAUGAAGGGUACUGCAGAGUACAUGGCCACCCAAUAUGAAGAGGAGACAAAGGCUUUGAUGAAACAGGAAAAGGAAGACGAGACGUUGUUUGGAGCGGACUCAGAGUGGACUCAGAAGGCCAUCAAAGCUGUCCAAGCAGCAAAAGAAAGGACGGAUGCUUUGAAAGCAUUAAACAGCAGCGGCUCACAUUCCGGUUCAAACUCGUCAUCAGCGAAGCCAUCCUCACAUGCUGAUUUCUAUUUCUACAGCGCUCCGCCGCAUUUGUAUUUGUCACCGCUCGAUAUUAGGAUCUUGAAAGCGAAAUAUGGGUCGUUUGCUGCUUUCCCGUCAACAUUACUCCCCCGCGUUGAGCACAUCUCUACAGGGCAUGUGGUGGACGAGGUACUCCGAAAGCGGACAAAGUAUCUGGCACAUCUCCCGCAGGGCUGCAUCAUAAGCUUCUUGGAGUGUGACUGGACAGACAUUGUGUCCGCCGAGAUCUUGCAGUCAUUUUCCGGUGAUAUUGAGAAGAGAAGGAAGAGGAAUCGGGAGAAGGCUGCUCAAGAAGAGCGCGAGAGACUGCAGUCUGAACGUCUCGAAGCGGCGGCUCUCCGUGGCGCGCUCGGAGCCUCUGCUCGCAGGCACACAGCACUGGAACCUGUAGAAGAAGAUAAUUCUCCCGCUUUGGAUAUGUCUGAGUUCCAGCCACUGACCAGCCAAUCUGGCACAACACCACCAGAUCCACGACCAGGGUUUGAGACCCUGGCUUCCAUGUCGACCAGCCCAUCAACACAACGGACUGUCUGGGGUACGCGGGUGGUGCCAGUGUCUCCCGAUUUGCAGCCUACCAUGCCUGCUGUGGACGAUGGGUGGCUCAAAGAUGAAGACUUUUUAGGCACGGCUGAGCUCGCAAUGCAGAUUGAAGCAAUUGAGGCUAUGGAAGGCGUCAAGGCUGGCGAUGCAAGUACCGCAGCUCCUAUUGGUGAAGGCGGAGGCGGAGGCGGGGGCGGCAAGAAGAAGAAGAAGAAGCAGAAAAUCACACUCAUGAGUACAGGGGGUCGAAGAGGUCAAUAA